AAAAGUCCAGCAAAAAUGUCUGAUUACAGCGCGUACACCCAGCAAAUAUUGAAGGUGACUGUGGCCCAAUUAUGCCAAACAAUUGGCUUUAAUUCGAUUUCCAAUACGCCCUUGGAGGCAAUGAGCGACAUAUUGAAUAAAUACAUCAAAGAGAUAGCCACCCAGACGCAUCGUUACUCGGAGUUGUAUGGACGAACCGAGCCCAAUCUGGACGAUGUUGCGUUGGCCUUCAAGGACAUGAACGUGAACAUUGCCGAUUUGGAAGAGUAUGUCAACAACGUGGAUCCAGUACCGUGUGCCAUUGAUGUACCGAAAUAUCCGGCACAGAAAGAGAACCAUUUUAAUUUUCUCAAGCCGGGCAGUAAAGAGGUGGUCACUCGACCUGUUCAUAUUCAUGAGUAUUUGCCGCCGAUGCAUGCCGAACGAGAAGAUGAGGAAAAGCCGCCCGAAGUAUUGGACACAAGCGCAGAACAAACCGUUGAGGUCGUUUCUAUGCAUGGUGAUCAGUUCGAUCAGAAACCAAUCAGCAGACCAACGGAAGCGGAUACCCGUUACACCAGAGAAAUAACAAGCGUUAUGAUGACUACAUCUGGAUUCAUAUCAGAGGCUCGGAUGGGAAAGCUUCCUGAUGCCAAAGUGCCGAUAAUACAUGUAGCAGAUGUGGAAAAACCUCCAGCGAAAGAACCACCGUCGGCAGCUGUCGGCUCUUUGUUGUCGAAUUCAGUGAACGGUGUUAAGGCCGAAAAGGUAAAGGGCGAAAAAAUCAAAUCGGAAAAGAUAAAGAAGAAGAAGACAUUGCCAGCGGCCGUACUGCAGGAGAAGAAACGCAAAAAGGAAAAAUCGUUGAAAGAUGGACUGCAUGGACAUCAAUUGUCACCGAUGGGUCCACCGCCAGCAAAGCAAAUGCCUGCAAUCGUCGCCCCAAUUUGCCUUCCAAAUGGUACGCCAAUGUCCGUAGUGGCCGAACAGCAGAAAAUCGGUAAGAUAGCGUCUCUGCCGAAAAUACCGAGAAAGCACACGGUCAAAGAUCCGAACAAACCACACAAGUCCAUUCUUGAUGGAAAAGUGAAAAAGAUUAAAACGGCAACAAAGCACAAGCACUUGGUCCACGCUUUAGACGAACUGUUCAAAGUGAAUCAGCCAACGUUUCCGUCAGCUAUACAUCCCACUCUACCAAUGGAUACAAAACACGAACGAACUGAUGCAUCCAUCGAUCUCAUCGACCAAUCAAACGUACUACCAAAUCCAGAAUCAAUGCAGCCAAUGCCGGAUCAAUUACCACCAUUCCAUCCAAAUGUGGCCCAGCCAUCGUCGAACUUUAUGUUUGAAGGAAAAUUGUCCACCGAACCGGACAAACGUAAGCUGAACAUUAUCAAGCGCAUCUCGUCCAAAAACAAAGAGGAUGCAGUCAAGCAAGGCCUACCACUACCACCGCACAUAAAUCUGCCGGAAUCAUCAAUAUUUCCCGUGGAUGAUACCGACAUGAUGGCGUCAUCAAUGCAUUCACCGAAACAGCUAGAGGCAGCUGCCAAAAAGCAAAUGAAAGCACUGAAAGAACCGAAAGAGGAAGAAGUUCGUGUGAAAAAGGAGAAGCUGAAGGCAGAGGACAAAAAAUUGAAAGAGCAACCAUGGCCAAUGACUGCAACAGACUUAUCAAUGGGUGGACCGUCUCCGAUCAUUCCACCACCACCACAGGCAAUGCCACCUCAGAAAACCGAUCCCAUACCGCCAAUGCUAUACGAUCAAAACGUUACGCAACAGUUUGCUAAUCAUUCGCGUGGCAAUUUGGGUAACAUGGCCAAUCUGCGUGGAGCAGAGUUUAUGCAAAACUUUCCAAUGAAUUCGUGGUCGGGUCCUGGUUUUAUUCCCGGCAAUCCAUUGUUCCCGAAUUUUCCAUUGCAAACGCGACAACGGUUACCAUUUCCGUUGCCCAAUUUUGAGAUGUUCGGCUCGUUUCCUCGCAAAAAACGACCGCACAUUGAAAAAGCCGUGCCCGAACCGAUGGCCAUGCCAAUCAACUACGAAAUGGCGCAAUGUAAUGUGCCUGCCUCAUUGAAAUUGGAAGAUCUUUCAUCGCCUCCGCUAGCAGCGACAAAUAGUUAUUUGCCAUCGACCAAACCGUCUCUAGCCUCGUCAACAUCCAUUUCACUGGUGCCAAGCAGUCACACCAAAUCGAAACCGCUAACACUACAACCGAAGAUCGAUAAUGAAACCAUCAAUAUAGCGGACGAUCCAUACGAUGACCAGGCAUCGCCAAUUCCGAAACGCAUGGAAUCACCACUGAGAAUAGCAUCACCACACACAGACCAUCAAAUGGGUUACAUUCCGCCGCACAAACAACGACGGUUGAACAUGGACAAUACACAGUCGAUGACCGAUAGCAAUGUUGAGGAUGCAGAUAAUGAAAACAGUUCUGCUCGAGAAAAGUCAUCGAAAGGCGAGAAGCGAAAGGACAAAGAGCACAAAAAGGAUAAGAAGGACAAAGAAGGCAAAAUCAAGAAGAAGAAAGACAAAAAGGACAAAACGAAGAGCAAAGGCAAAAGUGAAAAACGAAAAGACAAGGAGAACAAGCACAAGGACAAGGAAUUGAAAUUGAAGACGAAAAAGGAUAAGAAGGAGAAGCGAAAGGAAAAGGAACUGGCUCGUGUUCUUUGUGGCAUGGCAAAUACACCACCAAUGCGCGAUCUGGGUCUAUCGUCUGGCGGAUCGGGUAGAGAUUCAGAUAGUUCGAUUGUGCCGAAACUUACACUAAAACUGGGAACAUCACCGAGACCUGACACACCCGAUUCGCAUCGAAAAAUCACAAUCAAACCGAUUCGUUGGGAGCAUACAUCGGAAAUGGACAUAGAUGACAAUUCAUCGGUGCAACAGGACUCGGAUAGAAGUCGUGAAGCAUCACCGGAAUUGACACGGUUCAGCGCUCUAGUCACACGUACACCGAAGCAAGAAACGCCCGUUCAGAAAAAAAAAGAUGAAGAAAAGUCAGACCUACAUCCUGCUGAUCAUCACACUGAAUCGCCUGGAACAUUACCCACGGAUCCAAUCACACAACUGCCAGCAUCGAAACGUGGACGACCCAAAGGCAGUACAAAUGCUGCAAUUGCCUGUUCAUCGUUGAAACAUCAACGUAAAAUGAAUCCAACAAAAAGGAAAAACGAGAAAUCGUCAUCGAAAAGCUGUUCAUCGAAGAGUUCUAAAUCGCCAAACGACAAAAUUGGCCCAGCGUUGUACUUUUGGGACUCAGACGGAAACCAGGUGUGGAUAUGUCCUGCCUGUGGUCGGGUAGAUGAUGGAACACCAAUGAUCGGCUGCGAUGGAUGUGAUGCGUGGUUACAUUGGGUUUGCGUCGGUAUUCAAGUUCCUCCAGAUGCAAACGAAGAUUGGUACUGUCGCGUGUGCAUCGCAAAGAAACAGGAGUGGCAAGGCGGUGAUAAGAAGAAGAAGCUUAAGAAGAAGGACAAAAUGGACCAUUAACAUUGGCUUAAAGGCCAACACUGUCGGAAAUCGAACAAGGAGUGUUUUCACUCUACGAACUAAAUUAAUCAAAGUGUUCAAUUAAAUUAAAAUAGAUUUAGUUACCCUUGACUUGGGGUAUAAAUACAAGUAAAUUGUAAGAAUAAGAUCAGAGCAAAAUAAACAUUCAUACGA